CGCUACGCCAUAGGGUACGCGGCGACACGCACCGCUCUGCGUUGGUGUAACGCGGAACCAUAAAUCAGCCUUGAGGUGGUCAGUGUCGCAACACGGCUUCUAACUGAGCCACGAAAAAAAAAACGAGGCGAUAAAUAAACUAUGUUUAGCAGGAGCUAUUUCUGAUGCAUGUCCAGUAUCCAGCUCCAGCUCGGCCCGUGUCUCUCCGCCGGGGUGCGGUUUGUUUCCUGGGGAUUACUGAUUUGGGCGCAACGCGUGUGCGCACCUGAUAUCAGUCCGUGUCGAGGGUUUCUGGGAGUUUUGUUUACGAAAAUGGAUGAAUUUAAAGCCUGUAACCUCGACUACUUCCCCGAAAACAUACUGAUAGAUGUUUUGUCGUACUUGGGUGUCAAAGAGCUGGUCCGAGCGGGAAGAGUCUGUAAGAGAUGGAAACGCCUUAUUAGAGACCAGAGGUUGUGGAGGACUGUGGAUUUGACCGCAUGGAAAGGGGUGACAUCCCGCAUUCUUUGGGUCUUGCUGCGUCAGUACCUCGGUUGCGGAUUAAGGUGCCUUCGCUUGCGGGGUUUGCUGCUCUCUGCCCGAGGCGGCACAUUUCUCUCUGAGUCUUGGCUCAAAGCUUUGUCCACAAAAUGCCCACGUCUGAGCAAGCUCUGUCUUCUCCAUACAGACCUGAGAAGCUUGACCAACUGCCACAUCCUGCCUCCAUCUUUGCGAGUGCUGGAGCUUCGUGGUUGCGAGCUCCCUCGUGGUUUUUUCAGCCAGACCUUGCCGAUCUUACCCGCUCAUGAAGCCACAUCCAGUGCUGGCACUCCACAGCAAGGCAGGGAUCAGAAACGAAAAGGGCUCAACUCCCCUUCAGGCAUUGCUAUUGAGUGGUUAGUCCUCAACAAUGUCCCCUCUUUCACAGACCUGCACCUGGAGACUCUGGCAUCAUGGGAGAAACUCAGUCACUUGGAGCUACGUGACACCUUUCGUAUAACAGCCAGUGGUCUGCGAAGCUGUGCAGCCAAAGAUGGUGUCUCUGGUGUAGAAGGUCUUUCCAGGCUCAAGUUUCUGGAAAUAGGCAUCACGGGGCGACAAGGCUACCAGUUGCAGAUGGCCUCCCUGGGACUGGGAGCCGGAUGGCUCGGCUUAGAAGAACUGAGUCUCGGUGGCAAGGAAGUGGGGCCGGGCCUGCUCUGCGCCAGCCGCCUGAAGGACCUGAAGCGCCUGUGCCUCUGGGCCUGCACUCUGAGCGAGCUGCAGAUUGCGCGGGGCUGUCGGAUGCUCCGCGGGCUCCGCCAGCUGGAGUUUUUGGAUGUGACCUUCCAGCCACGGCAGACUCCACCAGUGGAAGAGGGGGAAGGAGGUGGCGUUGAACAGCAGGAUGGAGAGGAAGGUUUAGGAGCAGGUGAUAAUGAUGAGGACAGGACACAGGAUACAAAUGAUCCUUUUCCAAGUCUGCGUCGCUCACUGGCUGCACUGCUGCCGUCUUGUACCCUGGUUUUCACCAACUGCUCAGUUCAGAUUAAUGCUGACUGAAUGAGAUCCCCACAAGUGCUGUAUGCAUAGAGCCAGAAUGCGAGAAUCUCCUUUGCACGGUGGCUCUGGAGUAACAGCCGUCAUCUAAUCAGAUUGUCCCCUUAGUUCAUUAGUUCUAACUCAUGUCCACCUGCUGAAGUGUCCUUGGGCAAGAUGCUGAAAGCCACAUUGACUGUGAUGGGUUUUGAGUUAGUGAGUGAGUGUGUGUGUGUGUGUGUCUGGACAAUGCAGUGGUGUGGUGAAUAGCACUGGCACCAGUUUCCAGGGUUGGAGAUUGCAUGUUCUCCUUAUGACUGUGAUGGUUUUCACCGGGUACCUCAGCUUCCACACACAAUCCAAAAACAUGCAAGUCAGGUUGACUGGUGAUUCUGAAUAGUCUCUAGGAUUAGGUUCGGGGGUGUAUGGUUACUUUCUGUCUUUUUGUGAUCCUGUCUCAACAAGUACAGAAGAUGGAUGCAUGUCAUUGUAUUUAAAAAGAAGAAAAAAUGCUGUGUGUGUCUGUGUGAGUGUGAGUGUGAGUGAAUAGUACUGUAAAGUGCUUUAACUGGCAUAGAAAAAAAAUGUGUUUAAAAAAGGAAGACGAUUUAUCAUUUCAAACAGCCUUAAAGUGUAUAUUAUUAUGAUUUAUAUGAAAGUUCUCGGCUCUGAUAAAAUAAAACCUUCAUAAUCUUCCUAUGUGACUACAAAAUCAUAAAUCAAAUGGUAACAUUUUCGUACAGUACUACAGCAAGUCUGAAUGAAGGCAAACUAACAAAAUAAAAUAAAUUCAAACAUUUCACAACUGAUUUCUUAACCAUCUGCAACAAAAAUGGCUGUUGGACAAAACAUGCUAAUCAUCAAAACAAAAAAAUUCAUUCUUUCUACAGUAUUUAUGAAGAAGUAGUACUUUUUAGAGUUUUGUCGAGCCAGCAAGUAAAGAAAUUGGUCUGCAAAACAACGAGGACUCGUUCUUCAUUCUUGCAUACAAAUUCUGUUUACACUCAUGGCUUUUAGUUUUAGGUAGAGUGGGAAUAGCAUUUCCUAAAUAUACAUUUUUCAACUUUAGUGUAAAAAAAAAAAUAAAUAACAGAGGAAUGCUAUUUUUUUAGCAUAUAUUUUGAAUAAACUGAAAUUAAAUCUUCAUUGAGGUGUAAGUGAUAGGAGACUUUGAAAUAGAAAUUAGAAAUUCUUCACUGGUUAAGUCUGAGUUUUCUGGUCAUGGCAGAUUAAAUUACUUCAUCACAUUGAUGCUAAUUUCAUAAUAAUAACUGUUCUUGAAAGCAAUCUUUCACUUUUAUUUUUAAGUUUUCUCAAUGGUCUAAGACAUUAAUAAUGAUGACCUAACACAUCAUAAAUGUUUUUUAUUUGCCAGAUAGAUUUUAUUGUUACACUGAUUGUAUAAUUUUAUCCUCCAAUUUUAUUCAAUAUCUUCAGGAUCAAUAAAAUGCCAAGGGGAGAAGGUAGGAAGGUUAAAAAAUGUUUUAAAAAGUGAAAAUAAAUAACUUCUCAGUGCAUCCUUUGUUACUGUUAUAUUACAAAAAGUGGAAUGUUUUUGUCUAGAAAGCAGCUGUUAUGAACUGAAUGAAAAAACCCACCUGUUUCCUGUUGCUUAACUGUUUUUUAACAGUGUUGUAACACGUCUUCUGCUUGGAGAUGAUGGGGUUGUGGUGAAACAAAUGCACCGCAUAAUAUACGGUCAUGGCUCUUUAUCAAGUCCCUUUUUCCAUGAUUAGUUUUCCAGUCUUACUUUGCUGCCAUGAAUUUUAAAAGUGGUAAAAUAAGAAAAAACAUUGUUUGUUAAUUUUAUUUAAAAAAUGGAAACCAUGAAAGAUCUG